AUGAGGUUCCAUUUUUCCGCAGCUGUUUCCCUGCUUUCGGGCAUGAACCCUGCGUUCGCGGCUGGCCUUCAUUCGCCACAGCCCUCCGACAUAGCCGUGGCAAAUGAUAGCCUUCUACAAUGCAUACGGGGUGCGUUGAACGAGCACCUAAGAGACUAUCGUAUUGUGACUCCGGAUAAGGAGGAGUACGAGACUGUCUCGACUGGCGUCAUUCUAGUUCCUGAAUAUCCAGCAGUAGUAACGUAUGCCACUGAUAUCAACGAAGUUGUCAGGCUUGUCAAAUGUGGCUAUGACAAUGGAUACACUGUUACGCCGCGGUCUGGAGCCCAUCACUUCGAGAAUUGGUCCGCUCUCAACGGAACAUUGGUUGUCGAUAUCUCGCAUAUUGACUACGUCGAACCCUCGUCCGACUUGAACACAGCUGCUGUGGGUGCGGGUGCGAGACUAGGCACUGUGUACAGUAUCCUCGGCAAGCACGGCCGCACCUGGAUUGCAGGAAUCUGUCCGUCAGUUGGGCUAGGCGGCUACAUCAGUGUCGGAGGAUAUAAUAUGCAAAUGCGCAAGUAUGGCCUUGCCGUUGACUGGGUGGAGUCCGCUACAGUUGUCCUGGCGAAUGGAACCAUAGUCACUACAUCGGAGACAGAGAACUCAGAUCUUUGGUGGGCUAUGAGAGGGGGAGGCACAUUCGGCCUGACGGUGGAGGUCGUAUUAAAACUCACAACCAUACCUCGGUCGGCCAUGCUGUCAUUGAAUGCUCCCAAGGAUGGACGUCUUGAGACUCUGAAGAAAUUCGUCAACUGGGCGCCUAACCAAGACCCUCUUUUCAACUCACAGCUAAAUUUAUAUGGCGAUCGUGCCAAUGUUCUCGGCUGGUAUAUAGGAGAGUCAAAGGACUCACUGAACGCUCUUAUGCAUGGAUCUGGUCUCCUCACCAUUCCAGGAGCACAGUAUAACAUCAGCGGAAACUGCAGUACCGAAAACUCGCGUAACUUUUGGGUAUACACGCAGCAGACUUGCACGGAUGACGAGGUAGCCCACCAGAUCAGCAAUGCUCUCUACAACGUUGUCCCAGAUGAUAUCAUGCCUAUCAACAACGUCUCGUACGGCUUUGACAAUACGCCUGCUCUGCCAAAUGAGCCGCAGGCGAUGCUCUGGCCUCACCUGGGAAUCGUGGAGAAGACUUACAUUCAACAGCUUGGCCGUUCCGGGCUCACCGAUGAGGAUCUGCAGUGGAUAGUUGAGAAGACUGGAUAUUUACCAGCAGAGCUAAAUGUCUGGGGAGAAAUUACCACAUUCAAUUUGUCCAGCGCUCCGCCGUCAAACAGCGCAUUUCCCUGGUUUGAGGAGGCGGAAAUCAUGUAUCGUUUCGAAGUGACAAGGGUUGAGAAUGAGCUUGUAAUGCAGGAAGGGCAGCGAUUCAUAGAUGAGCUGGAUCAACUGAUGCUCGCGAGACUAGGGAGCGCCUCCUACGCAGGCUAUAUCGAUGCUAAGAUCAAGACCGACCCCCACUACGCCUAUUGGGGCAAGAACGUCGAUCGCCUGGCGGAGGUGAAGGCUGCAUAUGAUUCGAAAGACCUGUUCAGCAACCCAUUUUCUAUUCGCCCGAAAGUUUAG